AUGCAUUCCGCGGAGGAGCCAGGCGCUGCCAUCUCCCCUGUCAAUGCCAGGCAGCAGAACCCAAUAUUCGCGCUGUGGAAGAUCGCUGCGCAGGGAUAUUUUCCGGGUUCCAAAAAAAGGGAAGGCGGUUGCUGCGCGGCGAUUAAUUUAGUCCCUCUGGAGACGCCGUCGGUCCGGUGCGUUGCUCGUUCACGUCACGUGACCGAGGCCUGCUGUGCGGGCGCGCCGGGCGGCCGGGUCCGGGGUAGGGUGGACGCAGGCAGGAUGGAGGCGACUUUAGAGCAGCAUUUGGAGGACACAAUGAAGAAUCCCUCCAUUGUCGGAGUCCUGUGUACAGACUCACAAGGACUUAAUCUGGGUUGCCGAGGGACGCUAUCAGAUGAGCACGCUGGGGUGAUAUCCGUCCUGGCUCAGCAGGCAGCUAAACUGACCUCUGAUCCCACUGAUAUACCUGUGGUGUGUCUAGAAUCAGAUAAUGGGAACAUCAUGAUCCAGAGGCAUGACAGCAUCACAGUCGCAGUACACAAGAUGGCCUCCUAGCGCCUCCUGUCCGUUCUUCAGCACCCCUUCUCUGAGGCUCGGUCCUGCCUGUUAACUGUCUUGUAGAACUAUUAGAGUUCACUGGUUAGGCCCUGCAUCUGAUGUAACUGGGCAUUUUUCUAUUUAUUUUAGAUUAAGUUGCUUUGUAACCAGUCUAUCAGGAUAUUAGAAAAGGAUCGUGUUUUGAGGCAGCAGGUCCAGGUUACUUUGUGUAAAGAGUUUUACAUUCAAUAAAUCUGUGUAGCUGAAAGCUUA